UUUCAAAAAAGGCCAAUUUAUCCUUUCAAACUUUGGAAUCUGCAACUGCCCAUCUGACCCAUCUUUCCAUUUCUCCCUGCAAUUAUUUUUCCCCCCUCUCAAACAGAAAAAAUGGAGUGUUUGGAGGCUAAGGCUUUGAAAUCGAGUUUCCACUGGGAAUUAGCCAUGAAAUUUGCUCAACCAGACGAUAUGGUGGAGGAUGAUGAGUGUUCGAACGGAGCUGAUCUCGUCGCCGGCGAGGAUUUUGAGGUCGACGAGUUUUUGAACUUCUCUCAUGGAGAUUUCGAACAUGGGUCUGCUUUGAGAGUUGAAGAAGACGACGAUUACGAAGAGUUUGAGAAAAAUCGGCUCUCUGUUUCGCCGUAUUCGAACCAGUCCGGCGGGUUUCCGACCGCCGGAGAAGAGGGCUCGAAGGCGGUUGUUGCCGUUGAGCUUGCUAUUCCGAAUCAAAAUCAAAAUCGAAAUCCCACUUCUCAGGGCGAUGCUUUAGCGGACCUUGAAUGGGUUUCUCAAUUCGUCGAUGAUUCUGGCUCGGAAUAUUCCUGCGCCGCUGUGUCUUUGAACCGCUCCAAACCAGAAAAGAAACUCACCGGAGCUGUAAUUUCGUGUUUGCCGACGUCUUUUCCGGUCAAACCGAGGACGAAAAGGCCGAGACAAUUUCGUCAAGCAAAAUCCAACACUUCUUCUCUCAACCAAUCGUCGUCGUCGUCGUCCUUGUCUUCGUCCUCCGGUGUUUCCUCCGCCGCACCUUGGUUCAUCUUCUCCGACGCCGGCGAGAACGUGGACUCUUUGAACGUCUCCGGCGAGCCAACGAUGAAGCAGAGGAAAAAGUCGUCGUCGGCGGCGGCGGUUUUUCAACCCGUCGGCCCGACCGGUCAGAUUCCGCGGCGGUGCAGCCAUUGUCUUGUUCAGAGGACCCCACAGUGGCGGACCGGUCCAAACGGGGCCAAAACGCUCUGUAACGCUUGUGGGGUCCGGUAUAAAUCCGGUCGCCUCUUCCCGGAGUAUAGACCGGCGCUGAGUCCCACUUUUUGCAGCGGUAUUCACUCGAACAGUCAUCGGAAAGUGCUUGAAAUGAGGAAGACGAAAGAGGUCCCUGAACCGGCGUCCGAUUUGGCCCCAAUGGUCCCGAGUUACUAAACAAAGCGAACCGAGCUUGUUGGACCGGAAAGAUGAAAAAGACCAAAAGGGCAGAUUUUAGCUAAAAAGGACUCCAUUUUGUAUUUGUAGGGUUAGAGGAGAAAUUAGUCCAAGGAAUUGUGAAAUUAAUUUUAUUAAUUAGAUAAUUGUUAAUUUAGAGUAGAUUAGAUAUGCUUAGGUAGGAAAAGAAGGGGAUUUUUGUAUUACUUAAGCUAUGUUUACUAAUAUAAAAUACUCUUAUUCUCUCG